AUGUCUGAUGGAUCUGGUUUAUUUCUCACCCAAGCUAAGUAUGCACAUGACAUUCUUCAGUGUGCUGGUCUACUUGAAUCUAAGGCUGCCCCUACACCUCUUGCUACUUCUGAUUAUCUAGUUUCUCAAGGCACUUCUUUUAGUGAUCCCACCUAUUAUCGUUCAUUGGUAGGUGCCUUACAAUACUUGACUAUUACACGUCCGGAUAUUUCUUAUGUUGUUAAUCAGGUGAGUCAAUUUCUUCAUGCACCUACAUUGGAUCAUUUUCAAGCAGUCAAACGAAUUCUUCGUUAUGUUAAAGGAACUAUUUCAUUUGGUCUUCAUUUUACGCAACCACGGUCUCCUUCUUUGCUUGGGUAUUCUGAUACCGAUUGGGCGCGAUGUAUUGAGACACGUCGCUCCACGUAUGGUUAUUCUAUUUUCCUAGGUGGAAAUCUAGUCUCUUGGAGUGCUAAGAAACAACCUAUUGUUUCUCGAUCAAGUUGUGAAUCUGAAUACAGGGCUAUGGAAAAUAUUGCUGUGGAAAUCAUUUGGAUUAGUCAUUUGCUUCGUGAGCUUCAUGCACUUCCACCGGAUCGUCCAACUCUUUUAUGUGACAAAAAAAGUGCACUUUUCUUAAGUCAAAAUCCCAUCUCUCACAAAAGAGCUAAGCAUAUAGAUAUUGACUACGACUUCAUUCGAGAAUUAGUCACUUCUAGGCAGCUAUAUAUGCGUUUUGUUCCAACUGCAUUACAGCUUGCAGAUAUUUUCACCAAAAGUUUGCCUCGUCCUCUAUUUGAAAGUUUUCGUGCCAAGCUACGUGUUGCUCCACCACCACUAAGCUUGAGGGGGGGGGGUAUUAGAAAUAAGAGUACAUAA